UAUUUUCUAAAAUGUCUGGUGAAAGUAACCUAAAAUACCUGGCCCUCGGAGUAGUAGCAGCUGCUGCCGCAGGAGCCUUCGUGUAUUUUACAGUCAAUAAUGAGGCUGAAGAGGAGGAAGAUGUGCAGGAAGCCCAGGAAGAACUUACUUUAGAUAGAGUAAAAGAGAUGUUGAACGAAGAUAUAGAGAAACUGAAGACUAUUGAGAUGAAAGAUGUCCAUGGGUUAACCCAUCCUUUCCUUUUCGAGGUUUUUAGAGUGCUGAAGAAAUAUGUCACUCUUGUGCAGUCUAUUGAUGGAGAGACCCAGUUUGAACAGAGAAUUCAGCUGUUGAAGGAUGGUAAUGAGGAAGAAUAUGCUAAGCUUAAAGAGACUAUUAAUAAAGAAAAUGAUGAGAAGAUUAAAGAAAUUACUACAACUUUGUAUCAAGAACUUGACUUCACAGAUUUGGAUUAUGCCACCGGAAUCCAGAAAAAUGCUUAUAACCCUGAAUUUUCUAAAUAAAUUGCAAGAAAUCGAUAAAGAAGUGGUUGAAGAGAUACAAACUUAUCACCCAACAAAUGAGCUCCCAGAAGAUUUAACAAUUGAGAAAGCUAAAGAAAUUAGAGUAUUUGUCCAGAAAGAGACUCAGAAAAAGUUAAAUGAGCUUCAGUCAUUAGGGUUACCUCAAGCACAAUUCCAUGAGAAGUUUGUGAAAGAAAUUGCUAAACUUGAUGAUAUUAUUUACAUUAAAUUUGGAUUCAAGAACAAGGAAGUUCUACAAGCAUUCAAUAAGUACAGACUAAUAGCUGCUCGCUCAGGAAUGGCGGCAUAAGAAAAAGGUAGUAAAAUUCUAAAUUAUCC